GCGCACGCCCCUUCGCGGCAGAGGCAUCGGGCUCGGGCGCCCCCAGCGGCGGCCAGGCGCAGAGCGGCAGCAGGCGGGGCCGAGCGCAGGACCGACGGCGGCGAGGCGGAGAUGUUGCUUCGGCUGCUGGUGCUGGAGCUGCGGGGCUGCCGCCGGCGCUGAGCCAGCAUGUCCCGCAAGAAGAGCCCCAAGAGCAAGGGCGGCGGCGCCUCGGCGCCCUCCUCUGCCCUGCCCGCCCAGGCCAGGGCCGCGGCGUCGGCGGCCCCCAAGAGCGCAGCGCCCGGCGCCCGGCGCGCUCCCGCGGUGGCCAACGGGGCGCCGCUGCCCGGCAGACCCUCCCUGAGCGCCAGCGGCGAGUUCUACGACGUCGCCUUCAAGGUGAUGCUGGUUGGCGACUCCGGCGUUGGCAAGUCCUGUUUGCUGGUGAGGUUCAAAGAUGGUGCUUUCCUGGCUGGUAGUUUCAUCUCCACGGUGGGCAUCGAUUUCAGGAAUAAAGUCUUGAAUGUGGACGGUGUGAAAGUAAAGUUGCAGAUCUGGGACACAGCCGGCCAGGAGAGGUUUCGCAGCGUCACCCAUGCUUAUUACCGAGAUGCCCACGCGUUGCUGCUGCUGUAUGAUGUCACCAACAGAGCAUCCUUUGACAACAUCCAGGCCUGGCUGACAGAAAUCCAUGAAUAUGCAAAGCAAGACGUGGUCCUGAUGUUGCUGGGAAACAAGGUGGACUCGACCCAGGAGCGAGUGGUGAAACGAGAGGAUGGGGAGAAAUUAGCCAAGGAAUACGGAGUGCCCUUCAUGGAGACCAGUGCCAAGAGUGGUUUGAAUGUUGACUUAGCAUUCACAGCCAUUGCCAAGGAGCUGAAACACAGAUCUAUGAAACUGCCCAACGAGCCCCGGUUUAAACUCCACGACUACGUCAAGGAGGAGGUGAAGGGCUCAGGGUGCUGCCGGCUGUAGAACAUGUGUCUGCCUUCAGGUCACACGCCUUGUACAGAGACUUGCCACAAGCGUCCCAUGCUGCAACAAUCUGUGCCAUUACAUGAUUUCUUCUUUGUGUCUUGUGUGUUUGCCCAGGUGAAGCGGCACAUGUGGAAAUGUGGGAGAUGGGCCUCGGCGGCUUCUUUCCAGGAAGCCAGACAUAGCUAAGUUGCUUAAAAAAAUAAAUCAGUUGGGGUAGGUGAUUUAAUGACAAAGAAAUUGCGGUAGCAAGGGGAGAAUCUUGGACAGUCUUCAGGCAAAAUGCCCUGCACUGGUGCCACUAAAAUAACCCGGGGGUUGCCUGAACGCUUGUGCAAUCCAUUUGGGUGGUGCUCGUGUUGGCAAGAAUUGUUUUCGAUUUGCACUCCACAUUAUUGUUGUUGCUUCUACAAGUACCAAGACCUGGUACUUCCAGCUCUUUUAAAGGUUUUUAAAGCUCAGCUUAGCUGAUGUUGGUGAUGUGUACCGUGCAGACAGGUGUUCUACAAACACAGCUUGUCAUCCAAGCAAAGGAUGGGAAAAUACUGUCUGCUGCACCAUGUCGAUAGCCACACUCAGUUUGUGGAGUGAAAGGAAAUAUUGCAUCUGUUUUCCGUUCUCCUGCUGGGUCAUUCUGGAACGCAAAUGCUGUGGGGUUUUGUUUUAUUUGAAAUAACUGUAUUUUUUAAUUGCAAUUUGUCUCCCGCCAUUCAAAUCUGCUCAUUUCCUUGCUGUGUCUUUUGUGGUAGUUCUUGGAUACAGAGGGACUCUCUCAAAUAGCUGCAGUGGCAGAAAAAUUCUAGUCCUUUCAGCUAGUUUGACAAUGGUGCUGCCUGGCCAAAAGUUUGAAAAUGGCAGGGCUUUAAAAAUGCAGCACUUGACUCCCCCACCCCCAGCAGGAGCGAAUGGGGGAAGGCAGAAGGGAUGCUCUUGUAAUCUUGCCCUUGUAAUUUUGUGAAAUCUACCCUUGGCAAUCCUUAUUUGCUGAGAAGGGGAGAGGUUUUGCUUUUUUUUGUCCCAGGGGGAGACACAAUCUUGGACCCUUCUCCAUUCAGUGCUCCCUGCCUUCCAUUUCCUGCUGGCUUAAAGUGAGGGACGUUUAGCCUUGUGUCCAGAAGCAUGGGUUUCUAAGUUCCUGACUCAAUAGCCAUAAUUGAAUCUCAUAAACAAGCCCCAGCAAGCCACUGCUGGGUACAUCACCAGCCCUUUCCAAUAUGGCCUGUGUGUGAAACCGCUUUGGCUCUCCAGAUGUUGCACAACUGCAAUGCUCAUCCCUAGCCACUGGCCAAGCUUGGUGGAGCUGAAGGGAGUUUAAUCUGGCAACAUCUGAAGGGUCAAAAGUACACCAUACCUGCAAUCUGGAGAUAACCAACGUACCUUACAGUACUGUUGCAAGGAUAACAGAAUGUAUGUGAAGUGCUUUGUACACUCACAGCGCUAUAUAUAGACAUAUAUAUUUAUAUAUACUAAGUUAUCAUGCUUUCUUAGUUACUAUAGGUUUUGUGUAUGUAUGCAGCUCAUUUUUUUACUUAAAUAGCUAUUUAUAAACAAAGGCCCUCGUUUGGAUUUUUUCCCCCAUUGUUUGCCAGCAUCUACAAGUUUUCUAACGAAGCACAUCUUGUCUCAAGAGCCAGAUUGCAUGCUUGCAGCUCUCUUAAAGCUUCAACGGUCGCCACAUUCCAGAGGAAACCAGUUGUGCACAGUGUGUAGUAUGUGCGUCGGGCCACGGGUUUUUAUAUUGUACCGUAGGAAGGCAAAUGUGCCUGCUGACUCUUGAUCUAAAUAAACCCUGGCAGCACUCUGCAGCUUGGCUUCUGCAACCUCCACUUGGCAAUAGAAGCAUGGAUCCAGAGCUGCCUCUUUGCAGGGAUGCAGUAUGUUUCCAACAUUGGCCUUUACUGCCACCUAGCAAGAGAGCCCUGCCCAGUUCCUAAGCACCCUCAAAACAGUGUUAUUUAUGUAUUAAGAAAAUGCUGGCUCUGUUGAUAUAGCUUUCUUUUGUGUUCCUCUUAAUAAAAGAUUUCUUUUUUAACGAUA